UUUAGGGCUUCUUUGUGUAUGGGCAGAGAAUGGAAGUGGGAGGAGGCCACUGCGGGAGCUGUUGCCGGGGUUGCCACCGUCGUAGCUUUGCAUCCUCUCGACAUUGUUCGCACGCGAUUCCAGGCCGACGAUGGUCGAAAUCGUUUUGUUCAUCAGUACAAGAGCACUGCCAAUGCCUUGCUCACCAUCGCGCGAACAGAGGGUGUGAAAGGAUUGUAUGCCGGCCUUUCUCCUGCCGUGUUUGGUUCUAGCUUGGCGUGGGGACUCUAUUUUCUCUUUUACAGUAAUAUCAAGGAGAUGCAUCAAAGAAGAUUGGGAGGAGAGCUCGGUCCAGGCCAUCACCUCGUUGCGUCUGCUGAAGCUGGUGCACUGGUCUCUGCGAUGACAAAUCCCAUAUUUCUAGUAAAAACACGGCUUCAGCUUCAGCCUCCGAAUGGAUCUCAGCAGCCUUACUCGGGUUUUAUGGAUGCUUUCCACAGCAUUCGUAAAGUUGAAGGCUGGAGGGGCUUUUACAAAGGCUUUGGUCCGAGCGUACUUCUUGUGUCACACGGAGCACUUCAGUUUAUGGCGUAUGAAGAGGGCAGAAAAAUGGCGAUUGCAGCUCGCAAGAGAGUGGAUCCUUCGGCAACUGAAAACUCUCUAACCUCUCUAGAUUUUGCUGUGCUUGGUGCUACGUCCAAGCUUUUUGCGCUAUUUUUAACUUAUCCCUACCAAGUUAUUAGAACACGCUCACAGCAAAGACCUGACUCGCAAGGAUCACUGAGCUACAGAGGCGGCUGGCACGCUUUCACUGAGACACUCAAAUAUGAGGGAGUCCGGGGUUUAUACAAAGGAAUGGUACCAAACCUACUUAGAGUUGCUCCCUCAUCCUCCAUCACUUUUAUUGUCUACGAGAGUGUGAAGAAGAUUCUGUUGAGAUAGCUUCCAACUUUUAACAAAUUUUUAACUCAAAUCCCUUUCCUUCAACAAAAGUGAUCCAUAUGUAGUUGAAAA